UCGCUCGCAGCGCAGAUCAGAGUUGUGAGUGGAGACGGAAGCCGCGGAGUGGCAGAUCGAGCGCCGGUUUACAAGAAGUUGCUCCGACAACCUGCUUAAUCUGAGAGAACGCACCGUCGUUACUAAAAUCUACUCAUUGUAGUCAGAACAAUGCCUGCACCCAAAGGAGUGGCAAUUGGCAUCGACCUGGGCACCACCUACUCCUGUGUGGGAGUGUUCCAGCAUGGCAAAGUGGAGAUCAUUGCCAAUGACCAGGGAAACAGGACCACUCCCAGCUAUGUGGCCUUCACGGACACCGAGAGGCUUAUUGGAGAUGCUGCCAAAAACCAAGUGGCCAUGAAUCCUACCAACACCAUUUUUGAUGCUAAGCGACUGAUUGGCAGAAAGUAUGAUGACCACGUUGUCCAGUCUGACAUGAAGCACUGGCCUUUUACGGUGGUAAGUGAUGGUGGCAGGCCCAAGGUGAAGGUUGAACAUAAAUGUGAGAACAAGACCUUUUACCCAGAAGAGAUCUCCUCCAUGGUCUUGACUAAGAUGAAAGAGAUUGCCGAGGCCUACCUUGGGCAGAAAGUCACAAACGCAGUCAUCACUGUACCUGCCUACUUUAAUGACUCUCAGCGCCAGGCAACUAAAGACGCAGGCGUCAUUGCUGGACUGAAUGUGCUGAGGAUCAUCAAUGAACCCACGGCAGCUGCCAUCGCAUACGGACUGGACAAAGGUAAAAAAGAAGAGCGCAACGUCCUCAUCUUUGACUUGGGAGGUGGCACCUUUGAUGUGUCUAUCCUCACCAUUGAAGAUGGUAUCUUUGAAGUGAAGGCCACAGCAGGAGACACCCACUUGGGUGGAGAAGAUUUUGACAACCGAAUGGUCAACCACUUCAUCGAAGAAUUCAAAAGGAAAUACAAAAAGGACAUCAGCCAGAACAAAAGGGCCGUCAGGAGGCUGAGGACAGCGUGCGAGAGAGCCAAGAGAACCCUGUCCUCCAGCACCCAGGCCAGCAUUGAGAUCGACUCGCUGUAUGAAGGUAUCGACUUCUACACAUCCAUCACCAGAGCACGCUUUGAGGAGAUGAACUCGGACCUGUUCAGAGGCACACUGGAGCCUGUGGAAAAGGCACUCCGAGAUGCCAAGAUGGACAAGUCUCAGAUUCAUGAAAUUGUUCUUGUUGGAGGUUCCACACGCAUUCCUAAAAUCCAGAAACUCCUUCAGGACUUCUUUAAUGGCAGAGAGCUGAACAAGAGCAUUAAUCCUGAUGAAGCUGUGGCUUAUGGUGCUGCUGUCCAGGCAGCCAUCCUGAUGGGCGACACCUCUGAAAAUGUGCAGGAUCUGCUGCUGCUCGACGUGGCUCCUCUGUCCUUGGGCAUUGAAACAGCAGGUGGAGUCAUGACGGCUCUCAUCAAGCGCAACACAACCAUCCCCACCAAGCAAACUCAGACCUUCACAACCUAUGCAGACAACCAGCCAGGGGUCCUGAUUCAAGUUUAUGAAGGAGAGCGGGCCAUGACCAAGGAUAAUAAUCUGCUGGGCAAGUUUGAACUAUCUGGGAUACCUCCAGCCCCUCGAGGUGUGCCACAGAUCGAAGUGACCUUUGAUAUCGAUGCCAAUGGCAUUCUGAAUGUGUCUGCCGUGGACAAGAGCACAGGGAAGGCAAACAAAAUCACAAUUACCAAUGACAAAGGGCGUCUGAGCAAAGAGGAGAUUGAGAAGAUGGUGCAGGAUGCUGAAAAAUACAAAGCCGAGGAUGAGACACAAAGGGAAAAGAUAUCUGCCAAGAACUCUCUUGAGUCAUACGCCUUCAACAUUAAGAGCAGCAUGGAAGAUGAAAACAUGAAAGGCAAAAUCAGUGAAGAAGACAAGAAGAAGAUUGUGGACAAAUGUAAUCAGACCAUCUCAUGGCUGGAGAAUAACCAGCUGGCUGAGAAAGAGGAAUACGAGCAUCAUCAGAAAGAACUGGAGAAAGUAUGCAAUCCCAUUAUUGCCAAGCUGUACCAGGGGGCAGCGCCAGGAGGGAUGCCCGGAGGCUGUGGUGCACAAGCAAGAGGAGCAUCAGGAGCUUCAUCUCAGGGUCCCACCAUUGAGGAGGUGGACUGAGAGUGCAGUAUUUUAGGUGUAUUAUAAACAUUAACUGGACAUGACCAAAGUAUGUUUCAGUGUUGGACACUGCGGAGGUAAAAGUCAUUCCAUUUUAGGGAACAGCUUUUUGUAAUUUUUUUUAAUUUUUAUUGAAUGCUGCUAUAUAUGUACCUGUUUAAUAUUGUUUUUGU